CGGACGUCUCGAUACAUUUGAGUUUCCUUCGUUACCUCUCUUAGUCUUCGCACCCAUAGCGUUGAGAACGCUUACAGGAUAAAAUUACAACAAGACUGAAAUGAAGAAACGAAAAGGUGAACACGUCGUUGACGAAGGAACUCCUGAAAUAAAGAGAAAGGCGCGUGACGAGAAGCAAAGCAACCACAAGUCGGGCGAAUUCGCACGAUCGUUGAAGGGUUUGCUACAGAAAGAACACACAAGGCUUUCCGGUCUGAAACAACUUCUGAGUGUACUCAAAGAAUUACAAGCCAAAGAAUCUAUUGGAGAUAUCAUUAAGGAAGGUGGAGAGUUUCGAGAAAUUUUCACCAUUUUAGAGAUAGGCCAACAGGGUCUUUCUAAGCUUGAGAUCCAAACAUGUAUGGAGAUCUUGGAGAGCAUUUUGCUGUACACUGCAGAGGAAAGCCAACUUGCCAAUAGACUGGGAGUGUCAAUAGUACAAUGUGUUCUACAAGGUCACAUGAAGUUGUUGUACUCAUGCCUGAACCCAGGGAAUCCUCCUGAAGUUGUAAAGGCUGCAUUAAAACUACUCACUGCCAUGGUCACACAAGGAUCAUCUACUGCAAGAGAAGUUCAAAGCUCGUUUGACUUCACUUUGAAGUCUCUUGGGGCACUGCCAAACAAACGUGAUAGUAAUUCGGCGCAAGAUGUGAGGACUUGUUUUAUAUACUUUUGUCUCUCAUUUCUGAUGUUUGGUGACUUGGUGGUUAUGAAACAGAUAUUAGAACUAAAAGGAUUUCUUCAGUCAGUAUUGAAAGGUUUGUCUCUUGAUAAACCAGAGAUAGUUCAUAUGGUGUUAUCUACCCUGCAAGGAAGAGUGGUGCACAAUUCUGGGAUUACAAAGAAAACCAAAGUGCAGUUCUUUAACUCUCAUGUCCUCUCACAACUGGCAAAUCUUUAUCAGUACACAAAAGAUAUGGGAGAAAAUAACAGUGAGGAACAGACCUCUGAUUCAACAGUGCGGCAAAAAGUACAUGACCUAUUGUUGAAAGUGUGUGGGUCUUUCAAAUUUGGAAUUUGUUUUUUCAAUGUGGCUGGGGCAUUUUCCAUUAGGAGUAAUAAUCCAGUGUUGCUAAGGUUCCUUCAAACCUUAUCUUCAGCAACAACAGAUGUACUUGUCCAGGAACUUGUGAUCACUGUGUUGUGCUGUUGCCAUGAUGUUGUGAGGCCCUUUUUAUCCAGUUUGACAGCAACAUACGAACCAAGGCUUUCUAUGCAUUGGAUUGCAAACAUGAACCUGUUGACAAAGGUUUAUAUAGCACUGCCACAGCCAUCAAUAAUGGUGGAAAAGUAUGGUGUGAAGAUGACAAAAGAAAUUUUGCCAACCUUGGUAAACAUAGUAGUUCCUGUUGGAUUAAGCCGCACAAGUUUAAGCCGUGGUGUUCAGCAUGCAAGUUAUCUAGUGAAACAUACAACACUGUCACUGGUAAUAGUAAUCUUGAACAGAGCACAGAAUGCUGUGCAGUGUUUGGCCUCCAGUGAGGAUACUGCAGAGGACCUGGCAAACACUACAGAUGCACCAUUAGUGCAACAGUUCAGAGAAGAGGUUGUUAAGGCAUUACCCGAUGUAAACACUUUCGUCUCACUGAGGCAGAACCUUGUUAGUGGUAAAACAAAGGGAGAGUCACAAGGAGAAGACUUGGCAAGCCCAACAAUCUUCCUUGCAGAAAGCCUGAAAAUAAUCCAUGGCUUUCAGCUGCUAAGUCCUUCACUCCUUUCCCAUAUCAACUUUGACCUCAGAAAGUUGUUGUCAGGACAACUGGAAGCAAAAUUGCCAGUUAUUGCACAGCAGUUAACUUUACAGAUCUUACUCCACGCACCACCUGGCAGCUUAAAGUGGUUUCAACAGAAGGGAAAAAGCUCAGCAUCCUUUCUGUACUCAAUACUAAACGUGUACACAUCAGCAAGGAAUGAAAAGAUAAAGACAGAUGCUCAGCAGCUUGUGCAGAAGCUCCUUAGUGAAACAGGACUACUGAACAGCCUUCCACAUGCAAAUGAGGUAGAAAUGUGGUUGAGUCAUCUGUGUCACAGUCAGUUUGAAGAACAUACGAAGACACUUCUUAGGUUUUUGGAUGAAGUCUUUAUGGCUGUAGCCUCUGAGCCAUACCUGUACACAGACAUUGUGAUCGACCUGCAAGCUGAAGCAGUUUCACAUGAAGCUAGUGCUCUGCAGUUUGGUUUGGACCCAACAGAUUGGACCCAGUCUUCCAAUACAAGUCUUCCUGUAAGUCUUUUACUUGUUGGAGCUUUGAAGCGAUAUUGUGAGAUGAUCUCAAAUGCCACUGAACCAGGUGAAAAAGCAGAGGUGCUCCCUUUAGGUUGUAUAGCAAAGUACAUGAAUUGUGUCAUCUCAGAUAUGAUUCACAGUGCAAUGAAUCCAACCAUUUUGUGCUUUGUGGUGUGCCAUUAUGUGAGCAACACUGAAGUAUCACAACAUAUGGCUACAGUAAGGAGUGCACAUAAAGCUUUGCUACAUUAUCUAAGUUACUGGAUGCCCAGCUUCACUCAACUACAGGACAAGAUUGAUUAUCUAAAGGUACCGUCAAAGACCAGCAACAACAGUUUAAAGCAGCUACAAAGCUUCUUGAGCAGAACAAUGGUGCAAAACGAGCAAGAGAAAGCGACAGUGUCGGCUGAAUUGAACCGUCAUCUUGAGCUCUUGGAUGAAGAACAGCUGGGUACAGUCAUUACUGACUAUGUUGACUUCUGUAAGAACCAGCUUAGUGGACAGUUUUCUCCCCUUAUUAAAGUUCUGCAAGUCACAAACUACAGAAUUACAGGUUCUAGUGCUACAGAAGACAUUGCCCCUUUAUUGCAAGCCCUUCCGUUUGGUGUCCUUGUUUGGCAAGUGCUCGGAGAGGCUAUACAAGGUGUAAAGAAAACUGUAAAUCAAUGGAAGACUUCAACAACAGAUUUGUCAUCCUUUGAGAAUGAAACUUCCAGCCUUCUAGACAAUUCAUGGAUCCAGAGCCUCUUGGUGAAGGCCUUAGAAAAGGAGCCUUUAGUCAAGACCAUUCCACUUUGCUGCCACGUCCUCUUGUAUCUGCGUUCACUUAAAGCAAAACUUGUCGUGAUUCGUACUUCACCUGAAAGCUGCAUGCUUCGUUCUGCAAUGCAAUUGUGCUUUGAGCUUCUUCAGUGUCUGUUGCAACGGUUAGCGUCACUUCAAGAUAAGAUGUCAGAAGGCAAGGCAAAUGCCUCGCACGAGACACACAAUCAGGGAGAAAUGCUUUUUUCUUUACAAAGUUUUGACUCUCCACAAAAUUCCUGCGAACCUAGAUGCCAAGGAUUUUCAAAUGUGAACAACAUUUACCAAACGAUUCUCCAUCAUCCAGUGAUCUUUGACUGCUUUCUUUGGAGGCCAGAACAUUCUUUUGUUGGUCAUCUUCCCUGGAAUAUUGGUACACAGUUGACGUAUAAUGUCGCCAACGUGUUGCUAGCAGUGCUGCCAAGUCUAACAGUUCAUCAGAAGAGGAUUCUGAUGGCUCCUUUUGUCGCCAAGAUCUGCAAGGAGGGUAUGCUGGAGAUUGAAUCUGCCAACAAUGGAAACGGUAAUUAAGAAUUAAUUAAACAAAUAAUUUAAAUUAAGCUCUAUUGGCACGCCCUUUGGUGGCCAUGUGACCGAUCCUUUGGUAGCUAAGUUUGGUAGUUAUCUGUUAAUGGUGAUUUCGCCUCGCUCUCCCAUGUCUUGCCUGAACUUCACAUUGAAAAAAUUUUUCAUGUUCAGAAGAAUCUUAAUCUGGCUUCCCCUUUGGAUGAAGUUUAUGUUUGGCAUGCUCAGUCAGCAAAUCAGAAACCAAAGAUACCCUCCUAGGUACUACCUCCUGGCUUGAUUCCUCAUAAGCAUUUAUGAAUAAAGUAUUUAAGUUACUUACCUAACUUAAAUGUAGUGAGUCGCAGUUGACACGUGCAGCCUAUGUGCGCUCUGAUGCCCAUCUCUGAGCCGUAGAGAACCCUGUUGUUAGCCAGGUCAGCAUAAGUCAUACAUAUCCUACAAACUGAUAUGAUCAUUAACAUCGAAAGUGUCAUGGAAGUCAAUAAAAUAACAAGUGAACAGGGAAAGAUAUUUUCUCGUCUUGUCUCGAGCUUUGGCAAAGAAAAAAAGAUAAAACAAAAAAAGUAUAAAAAAAAAAAACGAAAACACAUUUAUAUUUCAUCCUUUACGUCCUAACAUCAG